AUGGUCGAAAUUAAUUUAAAGAAUGUCAAGCUAUAUGCCGAUAUUGAUACCACCCCACAAUUUCUACCUUCUAAAACUACAGUUGCUACCAUUUUAACUAGAGAUGCUUUAGAGUUCAUCGUUUUAUUGCAUAGAACCUUUAAUGCCAAGCGUCUCGAGCUAUUAGGCAAUAGAGAAAAGGUACAAAAUGAGUUAGAUUCAAACAAGUAUUCAUUUGAUUUUUUGCCAGAAAUGGAAAAUAUCAGAAAUGAUCCAACUUGGCAAGGUGCUGUCCCUGCUCCUGGGUUAAUCAACAGAUCCUCGGAAAUCACUGGUCCUCCAUUAAGGAACAUGCUGGUAAAUGCAUUAAAUGCUGAUGUCACCACUUACAUGACCGAUUUUGAAGACUCCUCAUCACCCACUUGGAAGAAUAUGAUAUACGGUCAAGUGAAUCUUUACGAUGCAAUUAGGAACCAAAUUAAUUUUUCUACUACGAAGAAAGAAUACAAAUUGAAAAAUGAUAUAUCUCAAUUACCAACUUUAAUUGUAAGGCCUCGUGGAUGGCAUAUGGUCGAGAAGCAUCUAUAUGUUGAUGACCAACCAAUUAGCGCAUCCAUUUUUGACUUUGGCUUGUACUUCUACCAUAAUGCCAAAGAAUUAACAAAAAUUGGCAAAGGCCCUUAUUUUUAUUUACCAAAGAUGGAACAUCAUUUGGAGGCCAAGUUAUGGAAUGAUAUCUUUUGUGUAGCACAGGAUUUUAUUUCUAUGCCAAGGGGAACCAUCAGAGCUACAGCGUUAAUUGAAACAUUACCUGCUGCUUUCCAAAUGGAAGAGUUUAUUUACCAAUUAAAACAACAUUCCAGUGGGUUAAAUUGCGGACGUUGGGAUUAUAUCUUUUCUACAAUUAAAAAAUUAAGAAAUAAACCUAACCAUGUUCUACCAAAUAGAGAUCAGGUUGUAAUGACAUCUCCAUUCAUGGAUGCAUACGUAAAGAGAUUAAUUAAUACAUGUCAUCGUCGUGGUGUUCAUGCCAUGGGUGGUAUGGCCGCACAAAUUCCAAUUAAGGAUGACGUUAAGGCCAACAAUGAGGCAAUGAAUAAAGUUCGUAAUGAUAAAAUUAGAGAAGUGACUAAUGGCCACGAUGGUUCCUGGGUCGCUCAUCCAGCAUUGGCUCAAAUUUGCAAUGAAGUAUUUAGUAAAAUGGGCACUGCUAAUCAAAUAUAUUACAUUCCUGAAACAACAGUGACUGCUUCGGAUCUAUUAAAUACCAAUAUCCAGGGAGCUCAGGUAACAACUGAAAGCAUUAGAACUAAUUUAGACAUCGGGUUGCAGUACAUGGAAUCUUGGCUAAGGGGAUCAGGAUGUGUACCGAUUAAUCACCUAAUGGAAGACGCAGCUACUGCCGAAGUUUCACGAUGCCAACUGUAUCAAUGGGUAAAACAUGGUGUAACUUUGAAGGAUACUGGAGAAGUAGUUACUCCAGAGUUAACUACCAAAAUUUUAAAUGAAGAGACAUUUAAACUGGCAUCAAGUAGUCCAGUAGGUAAAGAUAACAAAUUUGAAUUGGCUAGCAAGUAUCUUUUACCUGAAAUAAGAGGUGAGAAAUUCAGCGAUUUUUUAACUACUCUAUUAUAUGAUGAAGUUGUAACCUGUAAGGACACUCCGAUAGACCUAAAUCAAUUGCAGCGUUUUCAGUAA